AUGCCCCCCACCGAGCAGCAGUACACCGAUGCCGGUUUUACCAUCGUGCAACGCCGCGGCAGCGUCCCCUCCAUCAUCCUCUGCCAGGUCUGCUAUGGCACCGACACCAACAAGGCCUUCCCGACCAGCACUUACGGCAGCCACAUCAAGGGCAAGAAGCAUCUGAUGCACUUUCCCAGAUGGCGCGACCAGAGAAUGCACGAGGAGCAGGAGCAAAUAAGGUGGCGGGGCCACUACGAGCACCACUCGCCGUAUAGUCUGCCGAGAGACCAGCAACAGAGGCCGCCGCCCGUCACGAUACCGCAGCGAAUCCCGUCCGACGCGCCCCACACCCCUUCACAUCUCUUGCCCAGCAGUGCGAGUGCGAGCACCAUCUCUCCCAUCUCUCCCAUCUCUCCCGUCGACUCUCACCACGGCGUCAUGGCCAGUCAGCAGGCCAUGGUUCCACCGCCUCCGCAUCAUAUGUCGUCAUACCCACAGAUGAUGGGCUACCCACAGUAUGCCAACGUCGCGCCGUACCCGCAACAACAGGUGCCCCAGCAGUACCACCACCCUGGUAUGGUCGAUCGGAGAACGCAGUAUAUGGUCGAGUCGGAUAUCGGGAUGGGACGGAUGAUGUGGCAGCAGGGAUAUGAAGACGUGCAGUACGGGCGGACUAUACCAGGACUCUAG